AAAAAAAAAAAAACUUUUUAGGCUUUAGAUUUUUAAAGGGCACAAACACAGAGUCGCAAGGUUCUCUCUGGUUCGCUCUUUGUGGCGGCUCGUCUUCUUUUUCUUCAUCUUCUUCCACGGAGACUCUCUCUGAUCGGUGAAUUUCACAAUUUAGAGGGUUGCGAUCUGAAACCUUGCGAUCUACUAGAAAGGGAGAGAGAUUUAUCCAAGUAAUAAUAAUAAUGUUUGCGCCUGCGACUGCGACUCAACCGCAACAGCAUCAACAGCCGCAGCAGAAGCAGAAGCAAUCGGAGAUUUCAUCUGCUGCGGAAGAAGCUUUGAAGUGGAACACCGAUUGUGUUUACUUCCUUGCUUCUCCUUUAACCUGCAAGAAGGGACCCGAGUGUGAGUAUCGUCACAGUGAGUAUGCGCGUAUGAACCCUAGGGAUUGCUAUUAUUGGCUGAAUGGAAAUUGUAUGAAUCCCAAAUGUGGCUUUAGGCAUCCUCCUUUGGAGGGAUUGUUGGGAAUUCAAGGAGGUGCUCCUGCUGGUUCUGUGCAGCCAACACAUGCAACCGCGCAGGGUGUUGCAAAACAGCCGGUUCCAUGUGUCUUCUUUCAAAAAGGCAUGUGUGUGAAAGGGGAUAUGUGUUCAUUCUUGCACACGCCGAAUCCUGCUGCUUAUAAGAAACAGCAUCCCGUAGAAGCUAAGCCUGCUACUGAUCCUCAGAUUUCCAAAAAGCCAGCUGAAAGUAACACUGGGGAGAAGAAAUUUCUUGAUGCUAGCCUCUCAAUGGUGGUUAAAGCACGUACUGACAUAUCAGCUGCACCAAGAGUCGCUUCUGCUGGACUAAGGGAUAAUAGAAGUGUAGAGGGAUACGUUCCAAAACAUGCGGGCUAUGAGCCUGUUGUGCAGAGAAAGGGUGCAGGAGCUCCUUCUUUUAGUGAAGGAGGCCGUCCGACUCAGUUCCUUCAUAAAUAUGGAUCUGAUGAUAAUAACAGUUUUCACAAUGGUAAGGAUGCAGAUGACGUCUUAAGAGAGUCGUCUCCUGGGUUUGAUGUUCUUGUGGAUAAUGAGGCUGGAGAUACUGAGUAUUAUCAUGUUGAAGAUCGAUAUAGACGGAGAAGUCAGGAGGGAGGAAACCCAGAGUAUGACCCUGAUUUCAGUUCAAUUGCAGAUGGUGAUAGAGAAGGAUUCCGUGAUCAGAGGGAGUAUGCAUGGGGCCACCGUCGAGUUUCAUCUGAGAGAGGUGAUCGUUUGGACAGAAGGGUUUAUGCAGAAGAUGAGAGAUCAGAGAACAUACAGGAAUCGGAUCUGAGAUAUCGUUUAGCUAAGCAGAGGAAAGGCAAUGGUAUGAGAUCAGUAGGAAGCCAUGACUAUGCUGCUCCUGAAUCUUCUAUGGAUAGAGGAUAUAGAGACUCUCGUAGGGACACACAUAGGGAAAACUCCAUUAGCAGUAGCCGUCUUCAGGGUAGAAUUAAGCUUCGUGAGAGAAGCAAUGGCGAAGAAGGUCACUUUGACAGGAGAAGUGAGAGAGGAAGGGACAGAAGUGAGUUGUCAUCUCAGGGUAGACUCCGAGAUAGAAUUAAGGGUAGGUUAGAGGAAAACCAUACUGGUAUUCAGAAAAGAGAACUCCGGGCUCCAUGGGCUAGAAGAAGAGAACUGGAAGAAGAAAGAAAAUUAACUCCAAUAAGCAUUGCAGAAACUAGAAGCAGCAAAGUGGAAAGUAAGCCAGAUCAGCAGUCUCUUGGGAAGAGGAAAAGCUUGGAAGAGGAUCAUCAUAGUUAUAAGCGAUCAGGAGACUCAUUUGCAGCUCCUUUGCCUUUCAGUGAGAUUCUCAAGAGAAAAAGAGCGGCUGCAUCUGGUGGUAGGAGCAACGAGACCAUAUCGAAAGAGGAUGCUCGAGAUGAGACCAAACUCAUAGCAGAAGAGAAAACCGAGGUUGUCUCUGAACCAAACCCUCCCCACGAAGCUGAAGUAGAAGAAGGAACAGUGAUGGAGGAAGAAGAAGUCGUUGGGGAGGAAGAAGUGUAUGAAGGAAAUGAAGAGGAUCAAGCUUAUGAAGGCGAUGAGCUAAACGGAGAGUACUAUUACGAAGAAGGAUAUGAAGAAGAGGGAGGAGAAUACGCCUAUGAAGAAGGUGAAGAAGUAGUUUACGCUGCUGAGGAAGGAGAAGAAGAAGCAACAGAAGGAGGUGAAGAAGACAUUGAGGAGAAGACCGUUGAGAUGUUGUCAUGAAAGAAAGAGAUAUAACACACACACAAAAAAGCGUUUGCUCCUUUCCCCUCUCAGCUUAAUGCAAAAUGGAGAGAAGUCGUUGAGCGAAUAAUAUUGCAAUAGUCGCUUUUUAUCUUCUUUGGCUUGGCACUGAGAUUUUUAGUCGCCAAUUUUUUACGUAUUAUGAUUUCUUAAAUUGUAACUGUAGAAGAAAGAAAAGAAACUAUGGUACAAGUACAACAUAAUAUUUCUGAUUUUUUCUAAUCUGUUUUGAUGAUAUGUCUUUUUCCUCGAAUUAAUAGGAAAUCUCAAGGAAUUGCUUUUUAAAUCCUUUCUGUUAUUGUUUUUA